AUGUUAAGUAAACAAUUUAUUCGUGGAUUUAAAUCUACUUCAUCAGUUAAAAAUUAUGCAUCAACUAUUCCAAAUUUAAAAAUUAAUAAAGAUACAAAAGUAAUUUAUCAAGGUUUUACCGGUAGACAAGCUACUUUUCAUGCUGAACAAGCAAUUGCAUAUGGAACACAAGUUGUUGGUGGUAUUAAUCCAAAAAAAGCUGGUACUAAACAUUUAGAUAGACCAGUUUAUGCAACUGUUGCUGAAGCAAUGAAAGAUGCUGGUGCAACUGCAACUGGUAUUUUCGUUCCACCACCUGUUGCUGCUGCAGCAAUUGAAGAAGCUAUUGCUGCUGAAAUUCCAUUAGCUGUUGCCAUUACUGAAGGUAUUCCGCAAAAAGAUAUGGUUAGAAUUGCUCAAAUUUUAAAAACUCAAGAUAAAACAAGAUUAGUUGGACCAAAUUGUCCAGGUGUUAUUGCACCAGAUCAAUGUAAAAUUGGUAUUAUGCCAUCAAGUAUUCAUAAAAGAGGUAAAGUUGGUGUUAUUUCAAGAUCAGGUACUUUAACUUAUGAAGCUGUUGCUCAAACUACUGCUGUUGGUUUAGGUCAAUCAUUAGUUAUUGGUAUGGGUGGUGAUCCAUUCCCAGGUACCAAUUUUAUUGAUGCUUUAACAUUAUUUUUAAAUGAUCCAGAAACUGAAGGUAUUAUUUUAAUUGGUGAAAUUGGUGGUAGUGCUGAAGAAGAAGCUGCCGAAUUUUUAAAACAACAUAAUUUAACAAGACCAGAAGGUGCUAAACCAGUUGUUUCAUUUAUUGCUGGUAUUUCAGCUCCACCAGGUAGAAGAAUGGGUCAUGCUGGUGCAAUUGUUGCUGGUGGUAAAGGUGAUGCUAAUUCUAAAAUCGCAGCUUUAGAAUCAGCAGGUGUUGUUGUUGAAAAAUCACCAGCUAGAUUAGGUAACUCAUUAUUAAAUGAAUUUAAAGCUAAAAAUUUAUUAUAA